AAACCGAUCCCAGGUCGGCUCUAUCUAAGGGCUUCGUUCCGGAAGUCAGCGUUUAGCUUCUGUGGUCAACAUUUGCGGACAUUUUUAUCCACGAAUGUCCGCAUUUUAGCACAGAACAUUUGAUCACAAUUUCUAACCACUUUAAAAAAAUAUAUCUCUAAAGUAAUGGACAAGCUACGUCGUGUUCUCAGCGGCCAGGAUGACAAUGAAGAACUGGGUUUAACUGCACAGGUUCUGGAUUCCAGCAGCCUCAGCUACACCACCAGGGUGAAGUGGUUUGUCAUAUGUUUUGCUGGAGGCGUCCUGUGCUCCAUACUUGGCACAGCACUGCUGUUUCUUCCCAAGGGGCUCAAGCUUUUUGGUGUUUUCUACACUUUAGGGAAUAUCUCUGCUCUGGCCAGCACUUGCUUCUUGAUGGGACCACUUAAACAGCUGAAGCGCAUGUUUGAACCAACAAGACUCAUAGCCACCAUAGUUAUGCUGCUCUGUCUCAUUUUAACGCUUUGUGCAGUUUUUUGGUGGGGGAAAAAUGGAUUAGCCAUCAUUUUCUGCAUUCUGCAGUUCUUGGCCAUGACGUGGUAUAGUAUCUCAUACAUUCCUUUUGCCAGGGACGCAGUGAUCAAGUGCUUCACAACCUGUCUGAGUUAGAACUGAGGAAUCAACAGCUUCCUCUGAAAAGUGGACAAAAUGUGCAAAAGCCAAAAGGAGUGACCUUGUAAAAUUUUCAUUUCCACCUUUUAUGCAAAUUCCCUUCAAUGCAGUAAUGUGAAUUCUUGCUUUUGGACUCUAGAUAAAGCUUUGUACCGAUAACAAUGCCAUGAGUUCGUUUGUUUGUUUUUAAUGUGGAAGUAUUGAACGAUUUCUCUCUGGAUGUAUUUAAGAAUGCCUAUAAUUUCAAUAUUUCUAAGAUGUUUUUCAUGGUUUUUUCUGCAGGGACAUAUUUGACUUUGUUGUGAAAAAGCAAUUUGCUGAUGAAUUUCCGUAAAAUAUGCGUUUCCUUAUGAUUUAACACGGCAAAUUCAAGUUUUACUAAAAAAAACAGUUAUUCCUAUGGAUUCUUAAUGGUGUUUUGUUUUUUCAAAGAGGAAAAGUGCAUAUCUGAAAUAUUCCACUCCAAUAACAGCACUAGAAUUGUCUGGUCUGACAGUGAACGCCUCAUUCAUUAAAAUAAAAAAAAUGCUUUUUCCUUCAUAAA